AUGCAAUAUAAUUGUUGUUACACCAAUCAUUUCAUUGCCAAUUUUGAUACGUAUUUUUGGCGAUGCUUUGCAUAUAAGCGAAUCUAAAGCACGUGAUAUAUUAUCUAAGUUUAUACCUAAAUAUUUUGCUGAUCAAAAUAUCUACUUAUAUGUGAUGGUGCUGCACUUUGAGGCAUCAUUUUUUAUUGGAGAAAUUGCAACAAUUGCAAUAGGAUCGAUGUUAAUUGCAUAUCUUAAACAUACCUGUGGAAUGUUUAAAAUUGCCAGCUAUCGUAUAGAAAAAGCAAUGAGUAUGCAAAAUGUUUGCCCAAAGAACGAAAUUAUAAUGUAUGAAGGAAUAAUUCAUGCCAUAGAUAUUCAUCGUACUGCUAUCAAAUUCCUUACAUUUUCAUUUACCUGUAUGAAGUUUUCGUUGCUCUCUUUAAUAACAGUUGCUGUGAUUUGUUUGAGUCUGAAUCUUUACGCAAUACAAUGUUCAAUGGUAUGUAGCACCUUUGCGCAUACAGAAAUUGAUACUGUUUCUUUUGCAAAGAGGUAACAAAACCGUAAAUCUGAAUUUUGGCGGAGUGUUUAUUUUAUCCUUGGAACUUUUAGGCAUGUUAACAAAGAUGUCAAUAUCCUACUUUACCGUUAUUUACUCUAUACAAGAAUAACGAAGAAAAUAAAUCAUAGAAUUGCAUGUCGCAGA